UCUGCUAGGGCUUUACCGGCGAAAACACUUACUUGAUGCCGGCCAAAUUGCUCCGUGUUCUCGUUGGACAAUUACACCUUCGACUGCCUGUUUACGAAUAGAAGUGACUACGAUUCAGUAGGACCCCCGCCUAAUUGAGUGCGGGCAAUACGCGGUCGAGAUGAGUAAGGCGCAUCCUCCCGAACUGAAAAAGUAUAUGGACAAGACUUUGUCCCUUCGACUUAACGGGUCGCGCGUCGUUAGCGGCGUGUUACGAGGGUUUGAUCCUUUCAUGAACAUCGUCCUUGAUGAGGCCGAGGAACUUAAGAAUGGACAGAAAAUUCCCAUCGGAAUGGUCGUCGUACGUGGAAACUCUAUUGUACUGCUGGAAACUAAAGAGCGGAUAUGAGCUUAACUUUACAGAUAGUCUAGCACGACAUAAUACUACGCGUUUAAAAGGAGGCGGGCUAACGAUUAUUCUUGUCAUGUGGAAGGAAGGAAGUAAUAUUACUGAUUAUUAGUAAUAAUAUUAUUAUUAUUAUAGAAAUGAAGCCUGACGAGAACAGUGUCAGUCACUGGGAUAAAAAAAUCCGUAGUUUAGGCUGAUACAAUGCGGAUGAAAAAAUCGGUGAAAAAUCAAAAACGACAGAAAUUUUUGACGUAAACAGUAUAGCAAAUUUAUUUGAUGUCAUAAACGGGAAAUAAAGCAUAGAAAAUUGGC